AAUUUUGUUGGUGAAAUUAUUCAAAACUUCGAAAACACUGAAUAAAAAUGUUACAAUAUGACGUAAUUGUAGAUUACAACAUAUUAUUUCAUACAUAAUAUUACAAUAUAGACAGUGUCAUGUGACUCAGUAUUGAGUAUUCAAAUCUUGCUUUAGGCGCAACUAUAUUAUGAUUUUCGUUUUAAGUAUUUGAAUUUGUUUACAGUUAUCAGUCAGUGGUCACCAGUCGCCACUAUAAAUUAAAGUUAACUACUCAGUGUUCAGGGUAAUUUUUUUAGAACAUUUAACGUUUUUGCUGAAAUAUAGUUAUUCAACAGGUCCAAUAGGACUUACUACUUACUAAUUUGUAUGAAUUACGUACUAUAAUAAUAAUAUUUUAGUGAUUUUUUUUUUUUAAAACAGUAAUAUCCAAAUCGUAUUUGUGUCGUUAAUUUCCAAAUUUAUUUUGUGGAAUAUUGUUAUGAGUAAUCCUAAUCAAAAUAAAUGGAGAGGUGGCAGACAUUGGAAAAAGUAUAUAAAUAAAAAUAAUCAACCAAAAAAUACUAGUAACGUUGAAUGUAAUGUGAUUAAUGUGAAUACUAAUAUUGAACAUUUUCAAGACUGUCCAUUUCUCGGAUGGCAGCUAUAUUUCCCAAAUGAAAAAUAUGAUGAAAAUAGCAUAACAGUAAAAUAUAUUUUGGCUUGUGUUUUAUUUUUAAACACACAUGAACAAAAUAUUUCUAUUGAACAACUUGUAGAAAAUAAAUCAUACCUUUUGAAUGUAGACUCUUUAAACCAAGAUGAAGAUUUCUCCUCGACCUGGUUACAUUUUUGGGAUGAUUUAACGAAUCGUCCAAAAUACACGUUGAAAUGUUUAGGACUUGCUAUUCAUCAGUAUGCAUUGGAAGAAUUAAAUAAUAAUAUUCAUGAUGACUGUACUAAAUUCAAAAAUUUAUCAAUGAUUCAUCCCAGAAUUAUAAAUUUUGGUCCAAUUUUUCAUUUGAAAAAUUUAAGAGCUGAUACUGAUGGAAAACUAAUUUUAGUUCACGGGACUGUUAUAAAAGCCAGUAGUUUGAAAUUUCAAUGUUUGUGGUUAGGAUUUACGUGCAAUACUUGUGGCUCAAUUCAAAAUGUUAAACAACCUGAUGGUAUAUUUUUAAAACCAAAACAAUGUAGUAAUGCUGCAUGCCGAAUUCGUUCAUUUUCUAUAUGUAGAAAUUCACCACUUACUCAAACUAUUAACUGUCAAACUAUUAGAGUUCAAGAAUUACAAAGUGAUGAUCAGAGAGAAAGUGGCCGAGUACCCAGAACUGUUGAAUGUGAACUUACAAAUGAUUUGGUUUAUACUUGUAUUCCUGGAGACGUUGUUACUGUUAUUGGUAUUGUGAAAAAAAAAUCAUGUAAUUCUGGUAAACAAAAUGCUCAAAGUAAAGAAUCUAAUAUUUUUAUGCAAUAUAUUGAAGUAGUAUCUGUACAAAACAAUAAAAACCAGUCUAAAGGAAAAGUUACAAGUACUGCAUUUCAAUUUACAAUGAAAGAUUACUACUGUAUCCAAAAACUCCAUUCAAAACCUUAUCUUUUUGAAUUAAUGGUAAACUCAAUAUGUCCAGGUAUUUAUGGUCAUGAAAUGGUGAAAGCUGGUAUGUUGCUCUCCUUGUUCGGUGGGAGUAAUUGUACUUUAAAUCAAACACGUGGAGAUAUUCAUAUUUUAGUCAUUGGUGAUCCUGGUCUUGGAAAAUCACAAAUGCUUCAGUCUGUGUGUAACAUUUCACCACGGGGUGUAUUUGUUUGUGGAAGUACAUGUUCUUCAGCUGGACUAACUGUUAGUCUAACUCGAGAGAAAGGUAUUGAUUUUUCUUUAGAAGCUGGAGCUGUUGUUUUAGCUGAUCAAGGUGUGUGUUGUAUUGAUGAAUUCGAUAAAAUGACUCAAGAUCAUAAUACAUUACUGGAAGCUAUGGAACAACAAACAAUAAGUAUUGCUAAAGGUGGAGUUAUUUGUUCUUUACCUUGCCGAACUACUAUAAUGGCUGCUGCAAAUCCAAUUGGUGGACACUAUGACAGCAGUAAAAGUGUAUUAGAUAAUUUAAAAAUGAGUCAAGCAAUGUUAUCUCGUUUUGAUUUAAUCUUUUUACUGAUAGAUACACCUAAUGAGUUGACUGACAAACAUCUAACUGAACAUGUGCUUAAUAUACAUACAAAUAAGGUGAAGCAAACCCAGAAUAUUAAUAAUUCUGAGGAAAUAAAUAGUUCUUUGAAAGAGCGAUUUUCACAAUUUAGUAAAAGUAGUGAUUAUAUUUCUCAAGCAGAAUUACGUAAAUAUAUAGCAUAUGCGAGAAAAUAUGUUUCAUCUCCAACUCUGUCAAAUGAAGCUAAAGAAAUGUUACAGCAGUUUUUUAUUGAACUACGUACAAACAAUUUAAGCUAUGGUAUUCCAAUAACUGUAAGACAAUUAGAGUCCUGUAUUAGACUUGCACAAGCGCGUGCUAAAGUAGAACUUCGAGAAGAAGUAACUGCGAAAGAUGCGUAUGAAGUAAUUGAACUGAUUAAUUUUAGUCUUGUAAAAACUCAGUGUGAUGAAUUUAGUGGAUUUGGAUUCAAAAAAAGUAUUAAAAAAACAGGAGUUCGCACUCAAUCAAGGAAACUAUUAGCUGAAUUACAAAGACAUGGUAAAAAAGAACGAAUUUUUAGUAUAGACCAAAUGAAGUUAUUUUCAAAACAGUUAAAUAUUGCUACUUUAGAUUUCUACAACAUAGUGGAUUUAUUGAACAAUGAAGGAAUUAUAAUUAAAAAAGGAAACAAUAUGUAUGAAUUAAAAGUUUAAUAAAUAUUUAUUUUAAAAAUUGUUACACAUAUAUCUUUUCUAAUUAUUUAUGUAUUUAACUAACCAGAUUUAAUUUCUAUGCUUGGAUUUAAAAAUUAAGUCAAAAUCUAGGAUGAAUAAAUUAUAUUAAAUUAUUUUAAAAUUUUAAAAUGGUUGUAACAUUGUCUUGAGUCUGAAUUUCUAAUGUUAUAAAAAUGUAUUAAUUAUUAAAUACUGUUUGCUUUCAGUAUUUACUUUAUUUUAAAUAACAUCUGUUUGGUUUUUAAUUUUUAUAAUAUUUAAUUAUAAAAUAUGAUUACAUUUUUCAUCUAUCUAGUGGUUAUUACAUUAUUUUACCAUAAUCAAUAUGCUCAACAGAUUUUACUAGUUAGGUAUAUAGCAGAGGUGGCCACUAACCUUAACUUUGGUAGCCACAAAUUUAUAAAGUUAACUCGAAGUGAGCCACAUUUUAAAUCAAAUGAAGGGACAUUUAUUUACUUUUAAUUUUAGUCUUAAGUUUGGUUCAAAAGUCUCACGAAAUUGAUUUAAGAGCCGCAUGCGGCUUGCAAGCCUCAUUGUGGCCACCCCUGGCAUAUAGUAUAAUAAUUAAUAUGUCCUAUAUCAUUGAAAAAAUAUCUAAAGAAACUUUGUGUCAGAAUUAUGAGUUAUAAAUAUAAGUAUAACAUCAUGAUUUAAUCUUCUUCAAAGUACACUAAAUUUUAAACUAUUCAUUAGAUAAAG